CGACUCCAUCGUCACAGCUCUUCACCCUGGAGAAGGGAAGCUGCCUCUUGACGAUGCCCUUCUCUAUGCUGCACAGCAUCUUGGUCUUGAAGUCAAUCUGUGUAACGACAGAGGAGGCAGGCCAGUUACGCCGAGGCGAAUUAUCGUAUUUUCACAUUGCAGAUGCUGUCUGUCAUAAAUACCAAAGAUGAGGAACCAACAGACGCACCACGGCCGCCGGAGUUCAACGUGUCUUCAAAGAUGAAGAUCUCACUUUUUAAUGAGAUUCGUCUCGAGGGUAAUUAUCAUGAUGCAGUCAUCAGAGUGGAGGAUGCCGAGUUUAAAACCCACAAGAUCAUCCUCUGUAACUGCAGUCCAUUUUUCGGAGCUCUGUUCAAGUACCAGUCCACCGCAAACAUGGUGUUUGACAUCUACGGCCUGUCUCCUGACUCGAUGCAGCUCAUCAUUGAAUAUGCAUACACUGACUCUGUUACCGUGACAAAGGACAACGUAGAGGAGUUACUGUUAGCCGCCGAUAUGCUCAAUGUAAUAGCUCUGGUGCAAGCCUGCUCAGACUUCCUCUCUGGACAGCUCUGUCCAGAAAACUGCAUCGGCAUCUGGCAGCUGACAAAUGUUGUCAAGUGUGAACUGCGCCACAGAGCCCACCACUACAUCACUCAUCACUUUGAAGAGGUUUUUCCCUGCGAUGAGUUCCUGCAGCUCUCUGUGCAGGAGCUCGCGGGAAUCCUCGACAGAGAUGAGCUCAACGUAAAGACAGAAAGUACAGUGUUUACGGCCAUCAGUCGCUGGAUUUGCCACAGAUCUGAAGAGAGAGAAAAACACACUGCCAUGCUUUUGUCUAAGGUCCGACUAGCCUUGACAACAAUGCGUUGCAUUUAUACUGACUUGAUGUCCAACGACUUGGUGAUGAACAACCCUGAGUGCCAGCAAAUGGCCAGUGAAGCCAUUAAAGCGAUCCAGUGGAAGAUCCGGCGAAAAUUCCCCGUGUCUGGUUUCCGCAACGUCCUUGCCCGUCCCCGUCUCCCAUGUGUCAUCUUGCUCGCCGUGGGAGGCUGGAGGGCCAAUAAUCCAAUUUCAGACAUUGAGGCGUUCGAUGUCUGCGCUGGCCAGUGGGUCAAGGUCGCACACAGUCUGGAAUGUCCCCGGGCCUAUCACGGCACCGUCUGCCUGGAUGGGUUCCUCUACUGCGUCGGUGGCACUGACCAGAGAGAGCGUUUCAACAGAGUGAGCAAGAUGGACUUGAAGACACACGCCUGGCACGAGGUUUCUCCAAUGUACUAUGGACGCUGUUAUGUGAGUGUAACAGUGUUGGAGGGAAUCAUCUACGCUAUAGGAGGCUUUGAUGGUUACUCCCGACUGAGGUCCGCAGAACGCUACCAACCCGAAACGAACCAGUGGAACUGUAUAGCAUCGAUGCACUUCUCUAGAAGCGACGCAAGCUGCACAACACUACAUGAUAAGGUCUAUGUCUGUGGUGGGUAUGAUGGUCACCAGUGCCUGGAAACGGCAGAGUUUUACAACCCAGAGACCGACCAGUGGUCCAUAAUCGCCCCCAUGAACAGCAGACGCACUGGACUUGGAGUCAUCGCCCACGCAGAGCAAAUAUAUGCUAUUGGUGGAUGUCAGUCCUCCAUCCGUCACAGUAGUGCGGAGGUCUACAAUCCCCAGACCAACACCUGGCACGUGCUGUCCUCCAUGUUGACCCCCCGCAGUAGCUUUGGCCUGGGCGUGAUUAAUGACCAAAUCUACGUUGUUGGUGGUUUCACCGGCCUCAGCGCUAACAAGAAGGUGGAAUACUACAACAGCGAUCUGGAUCGGUGGUCUCUGGCCUCUGACAUAGAGAGGGUUCGCACUGCCCUGAGCUGCUGCGUACUCACCGAAAUACCAAACCUGUCUGAGUACAUCGUCCCACGUGACUCCUUGCCACUUUUACAGUUGGAGGAUGAAGCAGAUGCGUCGUAAAACAUUGUGUAACCACAUCAGAUCAACGGCGCUUCAGCGGUUUUGCACAGACAGCAACAAGUGGAAAAACAUUCUUGGAAGUAACUUAUUUUGAACUUUGAGCUUCAUAUAAUGUAAAUAUUAACUCGCAAAUUGUUUGAAAGUGGGAGGUCUCCCUUGGGGGCGCCAAAGCAUUUUAGGAGAGGCACGAAACAAAGAAAAAAAAAGAGGCUGAUGUGAUGACGAUAUCCAAACUAGCUAAAUCACAUGAAAAAAAAAUGGAUGGAUUUGUUACAUGAACAAUGAGAAAGGAGAACAACUCUACUGCUGCAAGGAAACAAUAUGAAAAUGAUUAUGUCAUGUUAGGAUUUCUAUGCAUUGUUGUAGAAGUCUUUUUUAUUGUUAAUUUUUGCAAACACAAAGCUCAAAUAAUAAUUAUACUUUGUUGCAAUUUGUAUGUCUUUGUGUAUGCAUGUCUGU